GUGAUAUGAGUCUCACUCAUAAUAUUUGUAGCUUAUAUGGGUCGUUUGUAUAAACAAAACGGAUCGGUGUAGCGGUUUUUGGGAAUUGUAAGCUAUGUCGCCUCGCGUGCGCGUUACUAAGACACCGCAACGCUUUUGUCGUCAUUAUCAGCGCGUGUAAACCGCGCGUGUUUAGCGUAACAGCGCCGUGCGGAGCGCUAAAUAAAGGCAUUUAGUGUCUGAUCAAGACGGAACUGACUGUUUGUGCUGCGAAAAUAUGGCAGAGUUGCACAUUGAGCCCAACGCGACUGGCAUCAUCGAGCAGACCGAGCAUUGUGAAAUCAGAGGCUCCGUGAACGUGAGACUCCCCUCGCCUACACUGCUGAUUCCGCCCCGGAGUGGCUUGUCCAGUCCAGGGGUCUCCGGCUUGGGUUUCCCAAGGAAGAGCAACCCCACUUCCCCAUCACCAGAAGCCACAGAGAAACCAGGAUCUCGGUGGGCUCGGCUCAAUGUCGGGGGAACCUACUUUGUUACAACCAAACAGACCCUGUGCAGGGAUCCUAAAUCGUUUCUGUAUCGAUUAUGUCAGGAAGAUCCAGAUCUGGAUUCGGAUAAGGAUGAGACAGGAGCAUAUUUGAUUGACAGGGAUCCCACAUAUUUCGGACCCAUCUUGAACUACUUGAGGCAUGGGAAGUUGAUCAUCAACAAGAACCUUGCUGAGGAGGGUGUUCUAGAGGAAGCAGAAUUUUACAACAUUGCGUCACUUGUGAGGCUGGUGAAGGAGAGAAUACAAGACAAUGAAAACAGAACAUCUCAGGGCCCUGUGAAGCAUGUGUAUCGUGUAUUACAAUGUCAAGAAGAGGAGCUCACUCAGAUGGUUUCCACCAUGUCAGACGGAUGGAAGUUUGAACAGCUCAUAAGUAUCGGCUCCUCCUAUAACUAUGGCAACGAGGACCAGGCCGAAUUCCUGUGCGUCGUUUCCCGGGAGCUCAACAACUCCACUAACAGAAUUGUUAUCGAGCCCACCGAGAAGGCUAAGCAUCAGUGA